AACCUUCGUGAUGAUUCCCAGCGCUGUUGAUGAAUUAAUUGGUAGAUGGCCUCUUGGAUUCUUCUGGUGCCAGGUUUACAACGCUGUGGAUGUCACGUUCUGUACAAUCUCUAUUCUACAUCUGUGCGCUGUCAGUAUUGACAGAUUCUACGCAAUUGUCAAGGAACCUCUUCUAUAUCAGACUCGAAUGACUGUCUGGAGGAGCGGGAUCCUAAUCCUCACCUCCUGGUUUAGCGGAAUCUUUAUCGGCUUUAUCUUUAUAUUCUGCGGGGUUCAUUAUACAGAUCCAAAUACAGGGAUGUCACUGAGUAGUCCUGAGGAAUGCAGUUUUAAGGUCAACAAAAUUUACAGCGUAGUCUCAGCAGGACUAUCUUUCUGGAUUCCGGCAGGGGUCAUGGUGUACGUGUACAUCAGAGUGUAUAUGGAGGCUCUGAAGUUGGAACUAAUGAACCCAACCCUGUACCAGACUAUCAGUUUACCUAGUCACGAGCUAGUUGAGGAAUCCCAGGAAGAGCCAGGUGCCACAACCUGCAGUGUGAUACUCAAUACUGAGAGUUCCUUGUUAACUCUAGACGAAGAUGUCAGUUCUCGUCCAGGUGUCAGUCAUAUGAUACUGGACCGUGAGUCCUCUCUGCUAGCUCAGGCUCAACGCCGUAAGCGAGAUCGGUUUAAAGAGGCGAAGGCAGCUAUCAGCUUGAGUUUUAUUAUGGGUGGUUUUCUAGUGUGCUGGAUGCCAUUCUUCAUCUGGAUGCCCGUUGUUCAUAUUCUGGAUAUCCAGACCCCGCACAACCUUUAUCUGUUUGUGAUUUGGUUGGGCUACUCUAACUCUGCUCUCAACCCUCUUAUCUACGGUCUCCAUCAUCAUGAUUUCAAGGCUGUGUUUAAAGGGUAUUUGCUGCGGUUGAUGAGAAAAAGCUUUUGCCAACUGAGUAGAAACAACAGCAGAACUGCUGAAUCUGGAUCGGACUAAUUGUAGGCUCAUUUGAGCACUUAGCAGAAUAAAAAGCAGAAAUCAGGAAUCUGGUGUAGCUUGUAAAAAGCUGUUGCCAUAUGAUUAGAGAAAGCAGCAAAAAUCAGGAAUCUGGUUCUAACUAUUAAAAAGCUGUUGCCAAAUGAUUAGAGACAGCAACAAAAAUCAGGAAUCUGGUUCUAACUAGUAAAAAAAUGUUGCCAAAUGAUUAGAGACAGCAACAAAAAUCAGGAAUCUGGUUCUAACUAGUAA